AUGUACUCACCAUUUGGUUGCAGUCUCAUUACUAAUAGCGUGUUAAAUAUUCGUACUAUUCCCUACUAUUCCUUACCAUUCCUUACCAUUCCUUACCAUUCCCUACUAUUCCGUACUAUUCCCUAUCACUCCCUACUAUUCCUUACCAUUCCUUAUUAUUCCCUACUAUUCCCUACUAUUCCCUACUAUUCCCUACUAUUCCCUACUAUUCCCUACUAUUCCCUAUCACUCCCUACUAUUCCCUAUCACUCCCUACUAUUCCCUAUCACUCCCUACUAUUCCCUACCAGUACCUCAUACUUCACCAUACAUCACACCCCCCACUCACGCUCAAAAACAUUCAUAA